AUGAGGUUCUCAUCUGUUCUUGCAGCCUUGUCUGCAGUCGGCAGCACGCUGGCACAGCAGACCUACACUAACCCAGUACUGUGGUACGAUCUCGCAGACCUCGAUGUCUUCCGCAAAGGCAACCAAUACUACUACUCCGCCUCUACCAUGUCCUUCUCUCCCGGCGCACCAAUCCUCAGAUCUGGAGACCUUGUCAAUUGGGAAUUUAUCGGUCACUCAGUCCCAAGACUGGACUUUCAUGACACUGCAUAUGACUUGGCCAAUGGCAAGCAAGCUUACGUUCGUGGUAUCUGGGCUUCUUCUAUGCAGUACAGAGAGUAUGACGAUACUUUUUACUGGAUUGGCUGUGUGGACUUCAAGACUACUUACAUCUACAAGGCCAAGGAUCCUGCUGAUGAUUGGAGCAAGGUUGGCGAGAUUGGGACUUGUUACUACGAUUGUGGCAUGUUGUUUGAUGGUCAGAAUAUCUACGUUGCCUACGGCAACACCAAAAUCAGCGUUGCACAGCUGAACAACGACUUCACUCAGAAGUCCACCACGCAGGUCUACAGCUCGAGCAUCUACAUCGAAGGCUCCCACAUGAAGAAGAUCAACAACAAAUACUACAUCUUCGUCACUCAACCCGCCUCCAACGAAUACGUCCUGAAAUCAGAUUCUGGUCCUUUAGGCCCUUACGAGUUCAAACUCUUUACAAAAGCUCCUGCGAGUGGUAUUCAGGGCAGUGGAAACCCACAUCAGGGAAGUGUGGUCGAUACUCCCAAUGGUGAUUGGUACUAUCUCAGUUUUGUGGAUGCGUAUCCUGGGGGCAGAAGUCCUGCUUUGGCGCCUUUUGUGUUUGAUGCCCAAGGUUGGCCUUCGUUGAAACAAACCAAUGGGUUUGCGAUUGCAAAUCCUUACCCAGUGCCUGCCGUGCCUGUUAAGUCUACCACUGGCACCGAUACCUUUACAGGACCCAAACUAGGUCCCCAAUGGGAGUGGAACCACAACCCGGAUACCUCAUCCUUCUCGUUUGCUUCUGGAGGCGGUUUAGUGCUCAAAACCUCUUCAGUAACCAAGGACCUCUAUCACGCCAAAAACACCCUCACGCAUAGGAUACUAGGUCCAGACUCUACCGCCACCGUCGCUCUUGACAUUUCCAAGAUGUCUAGUGGUGACCAAGCUGGUCUAGCUCUCUUCCGCGAUAACUCUGCUUACAUCGCCAUCCGCAACAACGCCGUAAUCCUCCAACGCGACUUGACUCUAGGAGCAGGCUGGAACACCCUCUCCACCGGCAGAACCGAAACCUCUGUUUCCCUUCCUUCAGGAACAAAGACCGUAUAUUUGCGUCUACACGCUGAUAUCAAACCUGCUGGCACCCAUCAAGGAACUUUCUCUUGGAGUGCAGAUGGCAAAACUUUUAAGACGCUGGGAACGCCGUAUACCAUGAACACGACUUAUUACUUUUUCAUCGGAUACAGAUUUGGAAUCUUCAACUUUGCGGAGAAUAAUUCGGGAGGUAGUGUUACGGUCAAGUCGUUUGAUUUGGCGUUGGGAGCAAAGUAG